AUGAAGAUUAGUAGAGUGUUCGUGCUGGCUUCCAUUUUGAGUAUAGCUUCCGCUUCACCAAGCUUGAAAAAAAGAGACGAGAGUCAGAAUGUCUUAACCGACCAAAUAUGGACCUCUACAUCAAGCGGGAAAAAGGUGGCAGUCACUCCUACUGCCAUUGAUGGUGUUACUGUAUCUGCAUCUCCAGUUACAGAUUCUGCCACAGCCUGGAAUUCUCUUGAUUCAUCUGGUAUUCCUUAUCGAGUUACUCCUUCAGUAUCAGACGGCAAAACCACCUCAGCUUCUCCAACUCCGACAAAUUCGGACUAUCCGGAAUCAACUGGUGGAGCUCCCCCUGUUCUUCGAUGUAUGAACGAUCGUGUUCCUUCAUCCAGCACUUCAGGUUAUCCGUUUUGCAUUAAAAACGGUACAGAGUUGGUUGUGGGAGAAACAUAUUGGAUUACAUGGGAUCCCACAUACUGGGGAGGAAGUGUUGAUCGUGUUCGGUUGCAAACCAUUACUUAUCCUUUAGAUGAUGACGCCGAUCCUUUGUUCAACAGCGAUUACAUCUCGAAUAACAACGGUUAUUACUCGUGGUAUGUCAAGUCUUCCUAUAAGAGCACAAGUGGCUACUUUUGGCUCACGAUUACCCCAUUAGUCAGCUCGGAUAACGAUCUAGAGCAUACUGGCACAAAGACAGGUCCACUUUUAAGAAUUAUAGAGUCUGCUUCCGAUGCCUCUAGUAAAAUUACUAGGUUGCCAUCCGAUAACGGGUCUGGAACUACAACAGCAUCCAAAUCCAACAAUAUCAAGACUAUUGUGCCUGCAGUUGUUGUUCCUGUUGUAGUGAUUCUAUUUAUUGCUGUUGCUGUUAUUCUUUACUUCAACCGUAUGAAAAAGAAAGGCGUCCAGCCUUCAGUUGGUGGCUUUUUCAGCACUAUCCGUAUGAAAGGCUCCAAAAGAUUAACUUCUUCCACCAAUGCUUCUACCAGAGUUCCAUCGAAUGUUUCUAUUGAAUCUUCGAUUGAUGAGCAUACUUUAAGAACCGAGUCUAUUUCAGAUAAUCCGUUUGCAGGUGAGCAAAGGCAGGCUUUAUAA